AUGUUGAAGACACUAUUAUGUCUAAGCCUCCUUGUAUUGUACGGGAACUGUAAAUACAACAGCUUUAAAAGUGGAGAAUUUAAAGAUGCAUCUGAGAAAAUAACAUCACAAAAGCUCUAUGUUCCGGAUCCUCCCGACCAUAAAAAGUUGGUUGCAAUGGCGAGAUACGUCCUCCAUAACUGCAAUUGGGCGUCAAUAGCCACAAUUUCAACAUUACCAGCCAUUGAAGGAUUUCCAUUUUCGAAUGUUAAAUCUAUUGUUGACGGAUCUCUAGCUAAUUCAACUGGAAUCCCGUACUUUUAUAUGUCGCCAUUGGAUUUCACUGCUCGCGAUCUAUCGAAAGACAUCCGCUCCACGGUGUUAGUUUCUUUAGAGGAGACAAGAUUUUGUGAAUUUAAGAAGUACGACCCCGAAGAUCCGAGAUGCACCAGAUUGAUGUUAUCAGGACUAAUGAAGAAGGUCAAGGAAAACACUCCAGAAUACACAUUUGCAAAGGCCGCAUUAUUUGAAAGGCAUCCAGACAUGGCCAACUUUCCACCUGAUCACAAUUGGUUUGUGGCUAAAAUGAAGAUAGCCCAAAUAGCUAUGGUUGAUUGGUUCGGUGGUGCUAAAUAUGUUCCCGUUAAAGAUUACCUUGCUUACAAUUACACUGGGAUGGAGAUGAUGCAUAAAUUUGACCUUUAA